ACCGCUUUACUAUAUUUGGGCAAAGGCGCUCGCGGGGCGGAGGGGCGCGUGCACUUCCGCGAGGAGCGCUUGCUUAUACACACGCAGCGCCGCGCGCUCUCUCCCGGUUUUCCGGUCUCUCCCCGUGUGUUUAGUUCUCUAUUAAUCAGGGUUCGGUUCUGGUUCCGUGGAUCAGCGCAGUCAUCAUGUCGCACGAGCUCAAGCGCGUGUUCGCCAGCCUUCCGCAGAUGGAAAGGGGCGUGGCCAAGGUUCUGGGCGGAGACCCCAAGGGGAACAAUUUCCUGUAUACCAAUGGGAAGAGUGUGAUCAUCAGGAACAUUGAUAACCCUGCUAUCGCUGAUAUCUAUACAGAACACCCUCACCAGGUGAUCGUGGCGAAGUACGCCCCCAGUGGAUUCUACAUCGCUUCAGGAGAUGUUUCUGGUAAGAUCCGUAUUUGGGACACGACCCAGAAGGAGCACCUGCUGAAGUACGAGUAUCAGCCGUUCGGGGGGAAGAUAAAGGACAUCUCGUGGACGGAGGACAGUAAGCGCAUCGCUGUGGUGGGAGAGGGACGAGAGAAGUUUGGCGCGGUGUUCCUGUGGGACAGCGGGUCGUCUGUGGGGGAGAUCGUGGGUCACAGUAAGAUUAUUAACAGUGUGGAUAUUAAACAGACCCGGCCGUAUCGACUCGUCACCGGCAGCGACGAUAACUGCACCACCUUCCUUGAGGGACCGCCCUUCAAAUUCAAAUGCACCCUCAGCGAUCACAGCCGGUUUGUGAACUGUGUGCGUUUCUCUCCGGAUGGAAGCCGCUACGCAUCUGCAGGAGCAGACGGGCAGAUUUUCCUGUAUGACGGGAAGACUGCAGAUAAGCAGGGCACACUGGGCGGAGCUAAAGCCCAUGAGGGCGGGAUUUAUGCUGUGUGCUGGAGCCCCGACAGCACUCAGCUCAUCUCUGCGUCAGGUGAUAAGACGGUGAAAUUAUGGGAUGUGGCCACCGGCACCGCAGUAACCACCUUUAACCUGGGCUCAGAUGUUCUGGAUCAGCAGCUGGGCUGCCUCUGGCAGAAAGACCAUCUCCUCAGCGUCUCUCUGUCCGGAUACAUCAACUACCUGGACAAGAACAGCCCCAACCGCCCCCUCCGGGUCAUCAAGGGUCACAGCAAGUCCAUCCAGUGUCUGACCGUCCACAAAGAGGACGGACGCUCCGUCAUCUACUCCGGCAGCCACGACGGACACAUCAAUUACUGGGACGCUGAGACGGGGGAGAACGAGGAGAUCUCAGGUAAGGGUCACUCUAACCUGGUGGCCAGGAUGACCGUGGACGAGUCCAACCGGCUGGUGACCUGCAGCAUGGACGACACCGUCCGCUACACCGACCUCAGCAAGAAGGAGUACAGUGCGUCUGAUCUGGUGAAGAUGGAGGUCCAGCCGAAGACCGUGUCGAUUGGGCCGGGGGGCCUGGCUGUAGCCGUGUGUAUAGGACAGGUGGUGCUGCUGAAGGAUAAGAGGAAAGUUUUCACUCUGGAUAAUCUGGGCUACGAACCGGAGGCGGGAGCUGUUCACCCAGGGGGCGGGACUGUGGCUGUGGGCGGAGCUGAUGGGAAGGUGCGUGUGUACUCGGUUCAGGGGAACACACUGAAGGAUGAUGGGAAGGUUCUGGAGGUGAAGGGUCCGGUGACGGAUAUGGAGUUCUCCCGGGACGGAGCGUUCCUCGCCGUCUCCGACGAGAAGAAGGUCAUCACCGUCUUCACCGUCGCCGACGACUACGCGAUUAAGAAUGAUUUCUACGGGCAUCAUGCUAAGGUGGUGUGUUUGUCCUGGUCUCCUGAUAAUGAACACUUCGCCUCCGGAGGGAUGGACAUGAUGGUGUACGUGUGGACCGUCAACGACGCCGACAAGAGGAUCAAAAUUCCAGAUUCUCACCGGUUGCACCACGUGAGCGGUUUGGCCUGGCUGGACGAACACACACUCGUCACGACGUCUCACGACGCGAGUGUUAAACAGUGGACUUUAAAAAUCUAAAGCACAUCAACACACACUCGCACUUCACACACACACACACACACACACACACACACACACUCUCUCACGGGAUCAGCAGAGAGAGGGACUACUGUACUGUAGAGCAUCCCUCUCUCUCUCUCUCUCUCUCUCUAUCUCUCUCUAUCUGUCUGUCUGUUUUCUAACUCUGUCCUGCAGGUGGCGCUGUCUGAUUACAGUAAAUCAUGAAUCACAGCUCUGGAUUAAAGAGGAGAUUCAGUAGAUUUUCACUCUGAUCUGCUUUUGCUGCGUCUGCAUUAAUAACAUGAGCGAAUUUCCAUUAAUAUAUAAAUAAAAAUAUUAAAUAUAAAAAAAUAAAUAUAUAUACCGUCACUCCUCCAGUACAGAGAGUCUGUAUACGGACGCUAAACUGCACAAAUUAAUUCUUCUGUUUUUCUGAUUUUCACAAGAACCAGCUCAUUUGCAUAUCUCAUUAGCAUAUAUCUGCCUACCUACUCAGCCUCGUCUGCCCUUUAAUAAUAAUAAUAAUAAUAAUAAUAAUAAUAAUAAUAAUAAUAAUAAUAAUAAUAAUAAUAUUCUCCCAUUCGCUUCUAUUAACCCGUUAUAACCCAGUUUUGUGUAUGUGUGUUCACUAUUAAGUCCUGAGUUCAGGUAAAGGUGAAGGUCAGUGAAGGUCACAGGUGGUACAGAUGCAGCAGACGAAGGUCAGACUGGAGAACUCUGGAUUAACCCUUUAAAGCUGGUCUGAGAUCUGUCUCAGUGUAACACGGUUAUAAAUGAUCUGAACAUUCCCGAGGCCGGAGCCGGGUCUCCACCGCCAGCUCAGAUCUGAUCUGGGAUCAGGUUCUGUAGAGAUGCUCUGAGUGUUUCUCUCAACUCGAUAUAAAUGGAGAUGAUCUGGAGUCAGACGCUGAAGCUCAUUCCCACCACGUCCCAUAAACCCCUUCACCUCCUCACUGUUCAGUAACUCUGAUUUAAUUAAAUCUUAAUGAUCACAUUUAAAGAUUUUGAUUUAUUGUACUUAGUUUUUCAUGUUUCAUGUUUUUUGCUUGUGAAAUAUCGAAUAAAACAUUUUUUGAACAUGUAUCAUUAAUAGUUACUAUACUUCCUUAAUUUCUCAAUUUGACCAUUUCAUAUUUUUUAUUUUGCAGUCGCCAAAUAAUAAUAGUACUAAUAUGUUUUUAGUUUUAUUUACUGAAGGAAAAUCUUUGCUAUUUUUCCUCAAAUGAGAAAUGUGUCAAAAUAACUUAUUCAUAGUGUUAAAAAUAAAAAGAUCAAACAACUUAAUGUUAAAAAUGAGCAAUUCUUUAAUUUAUCCAAACUAUUUAUUCAAAAAAUUCUGUUUGCCUUUUUACUUAAACAAAGGUCUUUAAAUGUCAGAAAUUUGCCUUAUUAACCUGAAAAAAGGAAAAACAGCAGAGUGAGAAUGAGCUUCUUGACGGUUCUACAGGUGGAGGGUCAGCUUUGGUCUCUCUUACUCUUAUUCUCUCUCUCUCUCUCUCUCUCUCUCUCUCUCUCUCUCUCUCUCUGGUGGAUCAUGUGUGGUUCUGUCGGGAGUGGUAAUAAAGGGUUAAUCUGAUGAGCAUCAGGUGGUAAAGGGUUAAUAUGAUGCUGUGUUGUGUGUCGGUUCUGGUUCUGUUUGAUUUUGUUGUUUUCGAUGCUCCACUUUUGUUCUGUUUGGGUGGACGUGAGUCGUAAUGAUAUUAAUUAAUAAUGGAAAUAAAAGCGAACACUUUUUAUGCAAAUGCUGUUUUGUGUUUGAUUUGCUAAUAAAUAAAUCUUUAACUGAAA